AUGCCGCGCCCUCAGCACAAUACGACCUCGCUCCCGCGUGAUCUGCGCUCGGAGCUGGGGAUAAGGGACACGUAUGGUGACAAGCAACGCCAGCGCAAUGGGCCAGCGACACGAAAAGAGCGCCGGCAAGCCGAGCGAAACGAAAAGAAGUCGAUACGGAAACCGGUAGCACUGCCCAAGAAGCCCAUUCGAAGAUUUGAGAAGCCUCAACUCCAUAAGAAAGAGUACAAUGUGGAUGUGAAUGAAGGAUCAUUCAGUAAAUAUGCACCUGCCCCCCCCAAGAGCAAACAAAGGCCGAACCAAGAAAAGUCCAAAUCAAUCGCCCCGACGCAGCAGCAACUUGACGACGACAGCGAUAUACUUCACAGCGAUAUACUUGAUGAAGACGAUGAUGAAGAUGCGGAGGGCCACAGCGAUAUGGCAAGUGAAGAUGGUGAAGAUGAUUUCGGUGACAAGUCUGAAGAGGACAUUUCACGUCCAAGCCGUAUUUCCGAAACGGUCAAAUCGAAAUUAGCCCAAGACGAUGCUGAGAUCGCUGCCCUGGAAAAGAAGCUCGGUCUAAAAAAAGGGAAAAAACUCCCUAAGGCAUUUGCAGACGACGGCCUCGAAGAUUUGAUGGGAGAUUUAGGCAACGAUUCUGAAGACGAUAGCAAGAAGCGCAAGAGAGAAGCAGAUGAAUGGCUACAGAGCAAGAGACAGAAAGCUCUUAAAAGUCAAGCUAAGGAAGAGCAGCGGGAAAAAGAUGAUUCAGACGACUUCGACGAAAGUGACGACAGCGACGAAGGCAUGGACGACCUUGACGAGGAAUUGCUCGGAUCUGAUGACAGCGAGUACGGCGCGGAAGACAGCGAAUUCGGAGGGUUCGAAGAGGAAGAAAAAGGGCCUGCAAAGAAACGUGAAAAUCCGUAUGUGGCACCGGUGCCGAAGCAGGAUACUACAGCAACACAGAAAUACAUUCCGCCAUCCUUACGAGCACUUUCUGACCCGGAGACGGAGUCUCUUACCCGUCUACGCCGCCAAGCCCAGGGACACCUCAACAAGCUGUCUGAGGCAAACCUUGUUUCUAUUCUCGCCGAGUUUGAGAAGCUAUAUCGAGACUAUCCUCGCCAGAAUGUGACGUCUACGCUUAUGGAUCUGUUGAUGGGUCUGAUCUGUGAACGAGCCGUCAUGCAAGAUACGUUCAUUGUCCUCCAUGCCGGAUUUAUUGCAGCUGUCUACAAGAUCAUGGGCAUGGACUUUGGUGCAGAGAUCGUGCAGAAGGUUGUUGAAACUUUAGACGCGGAUGGCGAUGAGCGCGGCAAAUUUCAGGGCAAAGAAGCUAUCAACCUAGUCUCCCUGCUGGCUCAGCUCUACAAUUUUCACGUUAUUGGAAGUCCAUUGAUAUUCGAUUAUAUUCGACUUUUCCUCGAAGAGAUUACGGAGACAAAUACUGAGCUUUUGCUGAAAGUCAUUCGCAAUUCCGGUCCUCAGCUGCGUCAGGAUGAUCCGACAGCCCUCAAGGACAUUGUCAUGCUCAUUCAGCCCGCCGUGGCAAAGAUUGGCGAGUCCAACCUUUCGGUCCGCACAAAGUUCAUGAUUGAGACGAUCACGGAUCUGAAAAAUAAUCGUGUCAAAUCCGGGAUUGGUGCCAACAUAACAUCUGAGCAUAUUACCAAGAUGCGCAAGAUCCUCGGAUCCCUCAAUAACUCGCGGGUCAUUCGAGCAUCAGAACCUAUCAACAUCACCCGAUCCGAUAUCCACAAUUCGUCGAAGAAGGGCAAAUGGUGGCUCGUCGGUGCCAGCUGGAAAGAGGAUCCUUUGGUGGCUGCUCGGCAAGAGCUGUCCGAUAAACCAACGAAAGAUGCCGAGAUUGUUGAAGAUGACAGCGAGGCUGAGCCUGACCUGAGAGAGCUUGCGAAGGCCCAUCGCAUGAAUACUGAUGUCCGCCGGUCUAUUUUUGUGGCUAUCAUGUCUGCGACAGACUAUCAAGAUGCAAAUGUUCGCCUACUUAAGCUGCGCCUGAAGCGUGCUCAGGAAUUUGAAAUACCCCGUGUACUCCUGCAUUGUGCGAUGGAAGAGGAGGCCCACAAUCCUUAUUACACACUGAUUGCACGCCGAUUCUGCGGAGAAUCGGGUCGCCGGAUCAAAGUCUCGUUUAUGUUCGCUCUCUGGAAUAUCUUCAAGCGGAUGGGCGAGCAAGGCGACGACGAGGAAGAGCCAGACUUUGACGCCGAGGAUGGGGACAACGGCGUUAGUAUGAAGGCCGUUGUCAACCUGGCCAAGAUGUACGCCAUGCUCAUUGCCGAUGGAACUCUGACACUUGCUGUCCUGAAGAAUCUGAACUUCGCCUAUCUCCAGCCCCAGACAAAGACCUUCGUUGAGUUGUUGAUCAUCAGCAUCAUCCAGCAGUCACAAAAGACGAAGAGGGCGCUUAAAAAGAAGAAAUCCAACAAGACCGGCACAGAGGAUUUAAAGGAUGAGGAAUCGCUUAUGCAAAUUUUCCUGCGUGUCCAAGACACCCCGCACAUCGCUAAAGGCCUGAUCUACUUCAUUCGGAAGGUCGUCGUGAAAUCUGAUAUCGUGACGGAGAAGGAGCAGAAAUUGGUUCGCUGGGGUUGUAAUGUUGCAGUGGAUGCACUUAAGGCUGUCUCCGAUUGA